CCGUCUGCGGGGAAGAGGAAGGAGAGAGAGGAGGGGGCGCGACCGACGGCAGCAGCCGCAGCACAGCAGAGGCUGAGGCAGAACACGAUCACGGAGUCAUUCUCUUCAAAGUGGUAGAUGGAGUUCAAGAAGAGGUGGCUGCGGUUUGUGUACAUUCAGCGCCUGGCGUUCAACGUCUUCCGGAGCGAGCCGUGGUUGGACGUCGUCCGACACUUCAGGGAUUUGUCGGGGCCAGUGAAGGUGUUGUGGCCUUCAAAGAACGAGAUUGUGGACAUAGAGACCAUUGUCCACACGGCGGGCGAUGUGGGAGCUGAUCUCGCGGAGGUUAGGGCUCCUUUCUAUGUCACGGGGGCCACCAUUAUGUCAGACGGAAGGAAGUCACGCGAUGCUAGACCCAUCGUUAACUUCCUUGCCGGCGGGUCGUGUGGUGUGAUGCUCGUCAGGACGAUGAAUAGGGAGGGUGAGCGGGAUCGGGCGCCUGAUGUGUUGGCGCACUGGAUCAAGGUGUUCGAUGACUUUCCCCCUAAGUGGGUGAACGCCAUCUGCACCGACUUCACCUCGGCGUACGUCACCGCGGGGAACAUGCUCCAGGGGCCCCAGCAGAGGCCAGAGCAUCAACGGAUCACGUGGCUCCCAUGCGCAGUGCAUGUCUGCAACAAGAUGUUGUCAGACAUUGGCUGUUCGGGCUCGUGGUCCAAGGACAUCAUCAUGAGGGGGAGAGCGGUGGUGUGCUUCAUUAAGGAGCACGACGCCGCUCUCCAUAUUUUCCGGGGGGAGAGCAGUCAGAUGGGCCUCAUCUAUCCUUGCGAGACACGUUUCGCAUCCGUGUUCGCGAUGGUGGAGCGUUUGCUGGUAGUGAGGUCAACUUUGGAGAGGAUGGUGGAUCGCGAUACUUGGGGUAUGGUCCCUUGGGACCAUUCCGUUCGUCGCUUGGCUAGGUGGGUCAGGUGGCAGGUGCGACAUGGCAGUUGGUGGGAUUCCAUGGGCAUCUUGUUCCGUAUCAUGGAGCCUGUGUACGACCUGCUGCGCAGGUUGGACCGCGGAGGGCUGCAUAUGUCGCGGGUGGUUGAGUGGACACAGGAUCUGGCCCGCCGUGUACCAGAGGACGCACUUCCGGCAGAUCUUGCACACUACAUUGUGCAGAGGGUGCAGGCUCGAUGCGCUCACAUGCUGGAGCCGGCGCACGCCGCUGCUCACCUUCUCUGUCCCAACCGGAGGGACUUACAGUACUUCGAGGGCGUGGUCAGCGACUACGACGCGAGCUUGGUGAGGGAGGUGGAGACUUACAUCUUGUCGCAGACAGGGUUCAGUGUGGCGAGCCACGACUACGAGACCGCAUGUGCGCAGUGUUGGUGGUCGAGGUACGGGCAGUGCGCUCCGCAGUUGCAGGUUAUCGCUCUUCGUGUGAUGUACAUGUGGACGUGCUCCUCUUCUGCGGAGAGGAAUUGGGUCGUCCACGAGGGUGUACAGACGAAGAAACGUAACCGGCUUGAGUUCGAGAAGGUCGCGAAGUUGGUUGAAAUCUCAGCCAACGUCCGCCUUCUCUCUCAUCACCGGGCAGGCCGCGGGUUCGCGCUGCCGUGGACUCUAGAUGAGUCAUUGUUGGACGUGGAGGGAGGUAUCGGGAUUCGCCCCUCGUGGAAGGGGACGGACGAGAGCAGGACGCGGGAGGAGCUCGAGGAUCAGAGACGUUCAUGGCAGCGAGACCCAUGUGGGUCCAGAGCUCCUUCGGGUGAUGUGGGCGAUGUUUUUGGGACUCGAGCCGCCACAUUGCACCCGUACCCUCGAGACGACAGUGAUUCUGAGGGUGACGAGGACGAGGACGAGCCGGCGGGCCCUGCUACCGCCACUCCUGCGGCGGAUGAGCGUGAUGAGUGGAGCGACCUAGAGGACGUCCGUAGACGGAGUGGUAGAGAUGACCUGUUCGUUCCAGUUGAUUUGGAGGAGUCUGGGGGUCGUCAUGGGAGCCAUGUAGAGCAGUCGGGGAUUGGCCAUCGUCCUCUGGGUCGCUCUAGCACGGCAUCAUCCACCACUCUUCCCACUUCGACGGAGGAGCUUCAUCGACAGCCAGCCGGUGCAGAUCGAUUGCAUAGAUUGGUGAGGGGCCCGAGACAGCAAUUGGAGGACAGAUUAGAGGGCGGUCCUUCACCGGUGAAGGGGGACGACGGAGAUAGACAGGGGUUGGUUGGUGGAGAUGGUGGUGCGUUGGCCGGAGGUGGAGGCGGUGCCGAGGUUGCUGCAGCGUUUGAGGGGAUACCGAUGGGCGGCGGAGGCGGUUUUACGGGAGGCAGCUUCAGCAGAGGUAUCGAGUACGGGAGUAGAUGUUCAGCAGGGAUGCACGAGAGCGGGUUGGCACCGACAGAGGAGCCACGUUCGGAGCCGGCGCAGCCUCCUGCCGUCCAACUGAGGCCCGAGAAGACAUUGCAGGAGGUCGCGGGCGUGCCUCUGACCGCGGGUUCAGUUGAGGGUGUCGUGCAGAUGUCCCCGGGUCUGGAGGACAUACAGAUGGGGCAGUCAGCGGGCGUUGAUGAUAUUCGCCCAUCGGCACAGGCGGAGGGGAUAGCGCCGACCACCGGGGGGGACGGGGCCGUAGCGGGGGCCGUUGGUGUUGGCGGGUCGGGGGUGCCGUCCACGGCCGAUCCAAUGUCCACGUCUGGCGGGGGGGACCCCGCACAGGUGGACAGACGUGACGCGGACAGACAGGAGAUGCCACAGACUUUGGUGGUUCGCACUGCUGUGGGGCCAAUGGUGCUGCAUCAGGCACCGUUUUUGGAGGGUUAUAGGCGUCGUGCACAUGGCAGGGACCCGGUCGAGGAGCGACGUGUAGGCAGGGGCGCGUGCAUACCCUCGGUCCCUACUUUUGCGCCGUCACGGACGAGGCCGGAGAUUAGGCAUGUGGCUACGCCUCGGGGCAGCCUCCCUUUUGGUUUUAUGGCCGCUGAGGAGUUGGAGGACCACGGCAGGAGGGAUUUGACGGAGAUCCACCAGCGCGUUUUGAGGUCAGUCCUGGAGGAGGGGAAGCUGCCUCAUGUGCAAGACUUAUCUUGGGGGCCAGCCAGCCCGAGCUUACCUUCUGGGUGUUCCAUCGCAGCGCCAUCUGGCGGGGCUGCAGGGGGCUUACCUUCUGGAGGUUCCGUCACAGCGGCAUCUGGCGGGGCUGCAGGGGACUUACCUUCUGGAGAUCGACCAUGGAGCGAGAUGAGACGGGUGACGAUGGCGAGUGUCGGUCGUCAGCCAUGUUUGAGAGGGGCUUCCACGGCCAUGAGACGUCGAAAUGUUGUAGCUUCAGGGUUUGGUGGUAGAGGCGGUGGCGGCGGUGGCAGCGGUGGCCAGGGCGACGACAUACUUGAGGGUGCAGGCGGUGCCGCAGCGAGCGCAAUGGAUCCGCCCUUGACGUACGGUUUGAGAGAGGCGUCGAUUAUUUUGCAGGAGCCUGACGUUGUUACACGACAGAGGCAGGAGAGACACGUGCCCUUAGAUCGACGCCAGGAGGGGGAGACUUCAGGGACAGACGGUCUACCUAUGGCACGCGAGUCACGCCGACGUGAUGACCUAGCAGAAGCAGGUGUAGGCAGGACGUUGAGAGGCAGGAGACUCAUUAUGGACGACGACCCCGACGAGUGUCCCGUCGCUCCUGAGCCUUCCGCUGGCAGACGAGGCGGCCAGCGUCAGAGAGAUCGAGGGCGUGGCAGUGGUCGGAGGGGAGGUGGCGGUUCUCAUCGGUCCGAGCGAGAUCCGCGUGCGCACAACGAUCGUUGACGGAUCACGGACUUGCGUUUUCAUGAUAUUCUGAGUGUA